AUGCACCAAUCUACACAACCACAGCACUUGACACUGGGCGGCAGGAUCCUCCCUCUCCAUGUCAUUUCGCAAGGCGAGAUGCAAGCCUCUCCGUCCAAAGCAAGGGCCCAUGCCCUCGAGACACACUCCUGGUCACUGGUCACCUCCUGGCUAGGAGAGACAUAUCACCCACGACCGGUCCCUGCCUUUGAGAGAAACGCCGCGACCUUAAAUGCGUUGCAGAUAUUGAUGACGGAGUGCUUGACGGCGAACGAAUUACACCAUUUGAUUUUUGAAUCGAGAAGCGAGCAGUUGAUCAUGGCUGAGACGCAUGGAACCACUGGGGAUGAGCAUCCUCUGCACGGGAAAAGCGAUCUUGUCGCGAUCCUGGAUGAUUCAUUGUCACAAUCUGCCCAGUCGGCACUUGACUCGAUGUCGCGUUCAAAGGUGCUAUUAGGGGGAAAGUCAAGCUCAUGCCAUUCCUCGCGUUUUAUCGGCGCUCUGGAAGUCGACAUGGUUGGGUUGUCUCGACGGAUAUUUGAUCUGGAGGCUCAAACUCAGCAGGUCGAAGAUCUCAUCUCGAAUUUAGUAGACCAGGACUCACACGUGGAUGGAAUGAUCAAUGGCUAUGGCAUCUAUGCUAAAGAAAACUCUCCGGGCAUCGACACCGAUGACUUGGUACCCGAGCACCCGUCGCUCCAUUCCCAAAUUCUGCAACAUCAGCGCGAGAUCAAGCAGCUUUCCCUCAAGGCCGACGAGUACCGCAACCGCCUCGCGAGUCUUUCAAAUGUCCAACCGCUACGCAGCAAAUCUGGCGACGUCACUGUGGCAGAUGUCGCUUCUGGAAUGGAGGCUCUGGACCGCAAAAGGAAACAGAUGUUGCAGUUCCAAGAGACAAUUGCAUCAUUCCACGGCCUUCCUCCAGAUGUCCACUCGAGCAGGCAGGAAGUAAAACGUGUUCUGGGGGAACUCAAUCGCCUCCAAACCAAGAGAGACGAAUUAUUUGCGAAAUUGAUAGAAUAGAU